GCCGGAAGUGGCGGCGGCGGCGUUCCCGGCCCAUGAUGGCGGAGGCGGGCGCGGGCGGCCCCCGGCUGGCGGAGCUGCUGGCGUUGGGCCGGCGGCUGUGGGACGAGCUGGAGGCCAGCACCGAGCCCUCCUCGGGAGCCCCGGCCGUGCAGGACAAGGUGCGGCAGGGGCUGGACGCGCUGCAGCGGGCGGCGGCCAUGGUGGCGCAGCUGGAGCUGUUCAGUGAGAACGAGGAUCUGGAGGAGAUCGCCUCAGCCGACCUGAAGUUCAUGCUGCUGCCAGCACUGCUGGGAGGCCUCACGCUGAAGCAGGUGGAUCUGAGCAGGAGAAGGGAGCACCUGGAGAGUGCCCGGGAGCAUUUCCUGCGCUUCCUCAAGCUCUGCAGGAACUAUGGGCUGGGAUCUUUCCAGCUGCCCCCAGGCAGCGCCGUCGAGGAGAAAUCCGAGAGCCCCCAGGACCCCGCCCAGCCCAACCUGGUGGCCAUGGCCAUGAGCAGGGCAGCCAAAAUUGAAAGGUACAAACAGAAGAAGGAGCUGGAGAACAAAUUGGCCUCCAUGAGGAGCUCUGUGGAGAGUGGGACAGCAGAUGAGGAUCAGAUCCGGGAAUUUUACAUCCUCCAGAUCCAGAAAUGGAUCAGCACCAGCCUGGAGGAGAUUGAGAGCAUUGACCAGGAGCUGGUGAUCCUGAGGAGCAGGGAUGCACCCAGGCAGGCUCCAGCAGGGCCCCGUGGCCCUUCCAGGCCUGCCAGAACUCCAGUGAAACCCUUCAUCCUCACCCGGGAUGCUGCUCAGGCCAGGGUGUUUGGAGCUGGCUAUCCCGGGCUGCCCACCAUGACUGUGGAUGACUGGUACGAGCAGCGCCGCAAGCAGGGAAUUGUGUCCACCCCUCAGAGGGUUCCAGCAGGUGCAAGUGAUGAGGAGCUGCAGAAGCAGCAGCAGGAGACAGAGGAGAAGGAGGAUGAUGAGGAAGCUCUUCGGAAAGCGCGGAACUGGGACGACUGGAAGGACACACACCCCCGGGGCUACGGCAACAGGCACAACAUGGGCUGAUGCUCUGGCUGUCAGCAGGGCCUGGAGAUUCUGGGAGAACAGCCUGCAGAGGGAGGAGGAAAUACAAUGUACAUAGGUGGAGCAUCCAGGAAUUCCCUGGAUGGACAGGGGACAGGAUGGCAGGAGGACACGUGACCCCUUGCUUUGGUUUGCAUUCCGUGUCAGACUGGGGGCACUGGUCGUGUUUGGGGGGUGCCCCAGAGCUCUGAGGGGCAGCUCCAUGAGGGUCAGGCUCCCUCUGCCCUCCCAGGUGGAGGCAGCCUCCAAGGGGAGCUCCAUGGAUUUGAAAACUGCUCUUUGUAUUGUGGGUGAAUAUAUUUAUUUUUUUUUUCCUCUCUAUUUUAAGCAAAAUAAAGUCUCUUUGUGCUGCCUGA